UUGCAGACAAGUGGCACAAAGUCACACGUUCUUGUUCCCGACACCGAAGCAAAUAAUUCCUCCACGGUUGAGCUUUGCAACCUUCCUGGUGAGGGUGGCGAGAAGGAUACCUGUCAGUGUGCACCCAAACGUGGCUUCGAAUCGCCUGCCGUCGAACCUCGUGGUCUUGAGUGCGAAGACAAGCGCCCAGGUGAGCAAGCCCAUGAGGAGUCGGUACUAAAUGCAUUCGGCUCCUUGCCUUCGUUUUCAACGGUACUGAAACAAUACAAAUCGUCCGUGUUAAAAGCAAACCAGUCAGGCUUGCAAGUGGCUUCUUCUGGACUUUUAACCCACGUCGAUGGAGAGGCGAGUGCUGCGACCGGGAGGAAGGCAAGCAACAUUCCGACACCCCAACCCGAAGAUUUUGAUUCAGAGCCUUCCGACUUGCUUCUCAUGAAGAGUGAUAAUGCUAAAUCCCCACCAUCUACGGCACAGGAUGAGGAGAACCUUCCCCAUGACCAUCAGCCUCCUCCCCAUCCACUUAGAACAGACGGGUUCUUGUCUAAGGAAUUUGGUCGAAAGAUUGCCUCCCGAGAUGAAGGCGCCGAAAAUGAAGUCAACGUUUGGCCUGUUUACUACAAACAUGACGCAAACAUCCCCGAACAGCCUUCCCUUCCCCAACCACCCGCCAAAGUGACCCUUGCACCAUUUUUACCAGGUUCCAAGUUGGAUGCGGAAGACCGUACUUGCAACAUUGAUACAUUGGAUCAACCAAGAGACGAUCAUAGUGCUCAAAUAGAUAUGCUUUUCAAGUAA